AUGAGGUAUCCUCUGGUUUCUUUGGUGAACGAGUUGACCUUUCCUAUCCUUUUCUUCUGGUUCUGUUUACCCUUUGUAAUGCUGCUGAUCAUGAUCAUUAUCUGGCUACAGCUUCUACUUAAAGAAGGCUUAGCACACAGCUGA